AUGCUUUUUUGGUUAAAAGAAGAAGAGAUGUCACAUCAGGAGCUAACCCAGCGACUGGCCACAGUCAUCACUCAUGUGGAUGAAAUCAUGCAGCAGGAGAUAAGGCCGCUGGUCGCAGUGGAUAUAAUUGAGCAGCUCCACAGGCAAUUUGCCAUCCUGUCAGGAGGCAGAGGGAAGGACGGGGCACCCAUUAUAACUUUCCCGGAGUAUGCAGGGUUCAGCGAUAUACCCGAUGAGGAUUUUCUGAACGUUGUGACAUAUUUAACCAGCAUUCCCAGUCUGGAGGCUGCCAGCAUUGGAUUCAUCAUCGUUAUAGACCGACGACGGGACAAAUGGAGUGCAGUAAAGGCAUCCCUGACACGGAUAGCAGGAGCUUUUCCAGGGAACCUGCAGCUGGUCUUUGUCCUGCGGCCCUCCCGCUUUAUUCACAGGACAAUCGCUGACAUCGGCAUUAAACUCUAUCGAGAUGACUUUAAAAUGAAGGUACCGAUCAUCAUGUUAAAUUCUGUUUCUGAUCUACAUGGCUAUAUUGACAAAAGUCAGCUAACUCGGGAGUUAGGGGGAACCCUGGAAUAUGGCCACAGUCAAUGGAUACACCAUCGAACUGCCAUUGAGAACUUUGCCAUGACGGUGAAAACGACAGCACAGAUGCUACAGACCUUUGGGACGGACCUGGCGGAGACUGAGCUUCCCAACGAUGUGCAGUGCACGGAGGAGCUCCUCUCCUCCCACACAGAGCACCACAACAAGCUGAAGGAUGAGCUGAAACUAGCUGUGAAGCAGGGCGCCACACUACUGACGUGUAUUAGAGAGCCAGUCACACGGAGCUCCGCUAGCAAACUCAGUCCAGACGAGCUAGAAAAUGUAGCGACGGUGGAAAGGCUAUUGGCUCAGUUGGAUGAAACAGAAAAGGCUUUUGAUCAAUUUUGGUCCAAACAUCACCUAAAACUGGAACAGUGCCUGCAGCUCCGACACUUUGAACAUGAUUUCAGAGAGGUAAAACUGGAACUGGAUAAUCUGAUGGACGCGCAAGCUGGUUUCACAGAUAUUGGAGACAGCGUGACUCGAGUGGAGCACCUCCUAAAGGAACGGAAACAACUGGAAGAGAAAGGACAGGAACCUUUGGAAAAGGCCCAGUCACUAGCUCUGCAUGGAGACCAGCUCAUCCAAAACAACCAUUAUGCAGUCGACUCCAUUAGGCCAAAGUGUGUUGAACUCAGGCGUAUCUGCGAUGACUUUACCAAUGAGACCAAGAAGAAAUAUGAUAUUUUGGGAAAGUCCCUUGAGCUGCAUAAGCAGUUAGACAAGGCAAGGCAAUGGUGUGAAGCUGGAAUCUACCUCUUAGCUUCUCAAGCUGUGGACAAGUGCCAAUCACAAGAGGGAGCUGAAACUGCGCUGUGUGACAUAGAAAAAUUCCUGGGAACCGCUAAGGAACACCAGUUGUCUAACCCUAAGGAAUUCUACAACCAAUUCGACAUGAUUCUAACCCCUGAAAUAAAGGCCAAUGCCCAAAAAGUUCUACAAAAACUAGAAGACGUGCAAGAAAUGUUUGACAAGAGGCAAGUGAGUUUGAAGAAGCUGGCAGCCAAGCAGACUCGGCCGGUACAACCUGUCGCCCCGCAUCCUGAAUCCUCCCCCAAGCGAGCAUCACCUAAGAGCACCAGACCCGCACCAUUAGCUACCACUAGGAGAUCAGCAGAAAUUCCCUGUCCACCAAAGUCCAUCUCUGAGGUAGAAUUAUCAAAAAAGAAAAGCAUUAAGAAGACUAAAGGCGGAAUUAAGAUUGAAGUGAUGCAUGAAGCCAGUCAAGGUGGGUCCAGCAGAGUCCUGGUGAUGAGUGAAAGCGAGGAGAAUCUUUCCACUAGGAGGAGCCACAUAAUAAAUGAACUGAUAGAAACAGAGCGGGUUUAUGUAGAAGAACUUCAAAGUAUAAUAGAGGGCUAUGCUUCAGAAAUGGACAAUCCUGACUUAAUUCAUCUGAUCCCAUUGGCUCUUCAGAACAAAAAGGAAGUUCUUUUUGGCAACCUCCCGGAAAUCUACGAAUUCCACAACAGAAUUUUCCUCAAGGAGCUGGAAAAUUGCAUUGAGAACCCUGAGCUUCUUGGCCGGUGCUUUUUAAAAAGAAAAGAGGAUCUCCAAGUAUAUGAAAAAUACUGUCAGAACAAGCUAAGAUCUGAAGCCCUCUGGAGACAAUGUGGAGAUAGCCUCUUCUUUCAGGAAUGCCAGCGUAAACUGGAUCAUAAACUCUCAUUAGAUGCUUAUCUCUUAAAGCCAGUCCAAAGGAUCACAAAGUACCAGUUGCUUUUAAAGGAAAUGCUGAAAUGCAGCAAGAAUUCUGAAGGCACCGCCGAAUUGGAAGAGGCACUGGCCACAAUGCUUGAUAUCAUCAAGUCAGUGAAUGAUUCCAUGCAUCAAAUAGCCAUCACGGGAUAUGAGGGAGAUGUGCAUGAGCUUGGUAAGCUGCUGAUGCAGGGCUCCUUCAACGUCUGGACUGAUCACAAGAAGGGCCAUAGCAAGGUGAAGGACUUGGCUAGGUUCAAACCGAUGCAGAGGCACCUCUUUCUCUACACAAAGAUCCUGCUCUUCUGCAAGAAACGGGACGAAAACACGGACGGCCACGAGAAGUCUCCUUCAUACAGCUUUAAGAAUUCUUUAAAGAUGAGUACUGUUGGCAUCACAGAAAAUGUAAAGGGUGAUAACAAGAAGUUUGAGAUCUGGUAUAAUGGCCGAGAAGAGGUCUAUAUCAUUCAGGCUUCUUCCAUCGAGUUGAAAAACAUCUGGGUUUCUGAGAUUAGAAAAGUCCUGACAGGACAACUGGAAGCAUGCAGAGAAGCAAGCCAGCUACACCAAAGAAUCACGGAGAGUGUGUACCAUGCACCGAUGAAUUCCUCCAACUCAACCAGAUAUAGCAGGAAGUCAUCAAGUGUGUAUGAAAAUAAAUCUGAGCCAACAAACCGGGAAACAGCUAACGACAGGAGCAGAAACUCCAGUCCCAGCACUAGACAAAAGAGAGCUGAUGCUUCCACCAGCCUUAACCUUGAGUGCUCAGCUCUUGCUAGAAAGCGAUUCACAUUACAAGGUCUUUCCAACCGCAGAGCUCCACCUAAAGAUCCAGAAUCUAAAGAGAGAGAAGUUACCCGUCGCUUUUCCCUUGCCUCCUCCAUCAGCACCACAGUCACCACAUCUGCUCUGACCAAAGGUCCCCUGGGUUCUGCAGUUAAAGUCAAGAGACAUGAAAUAAAGAGUGAUCCAACUCCCCUGGGGUUUGAAGAUGCUUUUGAGAACACCAUCUUAGCCCAGACUAAAUGUAAUGCCGGUUCCAUCACAAGACCAGUUCCUAGAUCUGCUUCACAGACAGGUUGGCCCAGCAGGCAGAUGCCCUCGCUAGACACCUUUGAGGAUUUCGAAGCCAUCCCAUCCAGCACGGAUGAACUCUCCAACUCUUCUGACAUGGAGGAAGAGGCCAAUCCUAACAAUGGGUCCAAUCUUUUACGGGUAGAAGGCAGUUAUGAAACCUGUUUCCCAGAGUCUCUCACUCUAGAGAAUGGAGCUUUAGUGCAUUUUGUACAGGAAGGAGAAAAUGGACAAUGGUUAGUAAAGAAGCUGGCUUCUGAGAAAAGCGAUUGGGUUCCUUCCAGUGUGUUACAGCCAGCAGAAGGCGAUAGUAACAGUAUCCUUAGGAAGAACAAUGCAGAAGUGUACAAUGAUACAUGCAGCACGGCCCUGGCAGACACUGAAAUGAAGGAAAGUGAGCUGGCCAGAAGCUUAACGGCAGAACAGAGGGCUGGGAGUUGA